AUGCCAGAAGAGGCGGCAGUCUCCUUUCAAGGCAUUUUAAAAGAAGAAAACCCGACUGAUUUAGAAAUACCAACCCCUCUGAUUGACAAGGUACCAGUUCACCUGUGGGGAACUACAAAUACCUCUGUGGGACUCUUAAAAUCGGCAGAUCCCGUUGUUAUUAAAUUCCGCACCGAUGUCCCAUACCCCUCCAUCAAACAGUACCCCUUGCCGCAGGAGGCAAUAGAAGGAUUGAGACCAAUGAUACAGGAUUUCAUGGAUCAAGGCAUCCUUGUUCCCUGCGUCAGCCCAUGCAAUAGUCCACUCCUGCCGGUACGCAAACCCUCACCCCCGGGUGCCCCAGUUAAAUACAGGCUUGUCCAAGACCUCAGAAUUAUCAACAACUUUGUGAUACCCCGCCACGCCAUCACCGCCAACCCUAAUACCAUUUUGACCGGAAUCCCACCAGAUAGUACAUAUUUCAGUGUCAUUGAUUUAUGCUCUGCCUUCUUUUCCAUAAGAGUGCAUGAGAAAAGCCAAUUUUUGUUCGCCUUCACGUGGGAAAAGGGACAGCUGACUUGGACUAGACUCCCACAGGGAUAUGUAGAGAGCCCAACAAUUUUUGCCUGUGCAUUGCAUAGGGACCUACAAGACCUCUCCUUUCCUGGAGGCUCCUCCCUUUUACAGUAUGUAGAUGAUUUGAUAAUUUGCUCCACCUCCGACACUAAUUGCCACCUGGACACCGUCCAUCUGCUAACCGCCCUUGCCGACAAGGGCCACAAGGUCUCACCAAAAAAACUACAAUAUUGCCAAACUGAAGUAAAAUACUUGGGUCACAUAAUUGGCCACGGAACAAGAGCUUUGACAACUGAGAGAGUAGAUGCUAUAGCUAAGGUUCCCCUGCCAAAGACCAAGAAACAGCUCCGAGGGUUUCUAGGAAUGAGCGGAUUCUGCAGGUGCUGGAUCCCAGGAUAUGGAGAAUUAACCAAACCCCUUGUAAAAAUGACUAAUAAAGAUGAACCAGAACCUCUUCAGUGGUCCAAGGACAGCUUACAAAAUUUUGAAACCAUAAAAAGAGAACUGAGGUCGGCUCCAGCCUUAGGGUUGCCAGACUACCGUCUCCCCUUCUCAUUAUUUGUAAGUGAACAGAAGGGGGUAGCAUCCGGAGUUCUGACGCAAACCUUCAGAGGUCAGGAACGUCCUGUCGCGUACUACAGCAUACAAUUAGACCCAGUGGCGAAGGGGACUGUAGGUUGUCUCAGGGCGAUUGCCGCGGCUGCGGAAUUAGUGGACAGAGCCCUAGAGAUAGUUCAAAACCAAGAGCUAAUUUUAAAUGUGCCGCAUGCAGUAGCCACCUUACUAAACUUAAGGAACUGUCAACAUUUCAGUAACGAACGUCUAAACCAGUAUGAAGCCGCUCUACUCACUCCCUCGAAUGUACGCAUUAAAAGAGUCAACACCUUAAAUCCCGCCACCCUUCUACCUCUGCCCGAUGAUGGCACCCCCCAUCACGAUUGCACCUUAGCUGUCCGACUGGCAGAAAAACCCCGGGAAGACUUAGAUCAUCUCCCCUUAGAAAAACCAGACCUCUCGAUUUUUACUGAUGGAAGCUCCAAGGUGGUGGCAGGACACAGACAAACCGGCUAUGCUGUAGUCACACAUGAAUCCAUCCUUGAGGCUGCGCCUAUUAACCCACGCUACAGUGCGCAGGCAGCAGAGCUUAUCGCCCUAAUCAGAGCCUGUGAAUUAGGCGAAGACUGGGUACGCAUCAAAACCUACAGACGUAUUGCCCUACAACCGCAAUGGGAAGGACCAUUUCAGAUCCUCCUCACAACCCCGACUGCUGUCAAGGUGGCCGAACGCUCUGCAUGGAUCCACCACACCUUCUGCAAAUCAGCACAACCACCGGAGGAAGAGGAGCCUCAACCAGACGACGCUGAGAGACCUACACGACCGCCAUCCGAGGACAUCACUCCCCCAGACGACUCUGCAUCGAACGCUCACCCUGACGUCGACCUUCCUGGCGACACCGCAGCUCGACCAACUACGCCGUCACCUCAAGGAGACGACUCUGGCUGUGAGACCCCGGAGAGGUGGAUGUCACAGAUUCUGCUUGAACCACGACCAGACGAUCCUGACCACCCUCCUAUUCGACUGCAAUUCCGGAAGGAGAAGACCACCGAAACUGACGCCUGA